AUUUUAUACUGAUUGGAACGAAGAAGCCUUGGAUGAACUCUCCUACACCUUCGACUGGAAUAGGGCGGUGAAUAUCGCGAAGAAUGCUUUCCCUAGAAUGCAGACACUGGUCGUCCGGGUCCGGACGGGGUUCUACGUCCACACUGAAGACAGUGACAAAAUGGAAGAGCUCCUGCGAACUACCCUCGCUGAAUUUUGUGACGAUGGACUACGUCUGUUGUUUGAGUGGUGUGCGUAUCCUGCAUCAAUCGCGCUCCGAACGGGUCUUGACUACUUGCUUCCAGAUGAUAUCAGAAUGCCCCAGGGAUAUAUUCCGAUAGUCCCGCCUGAGAUGACUCUGGAGAGGGAAUGGCAUUGUUCCGACUUGUUUUGAUGGCAACGGCGACCAGUUCAGUAGUCCAUGGAAAGCAUCUCUGGAUACAUAUGAG